ACCGUUAGAGAGAGAGGAUGAGUGCAGCAACUAAGGUUGUCUGUGUGACAGGAGCUUCCGGCUACAUAGCAUCGUGGUUGGUCAAACUGUUGCUGCAACGCGGCUACACUGUCAAGGCUUCAGUUCGUGACCCAAAUGACAAGAAGAAAACAGAACACUUGCGUGCAUUAGAUGGAGCCAAGGAAAGGCUUCAAUUGUUUAGAGCAGAUCUACUCGAAGAAGGAUCUUUUGAUUCCAUAGUUGAUGGUAGUGUUGCUGUUUUUCAUACAGCAUCCCCAUUUUAUCUCAAUCCCAAUGAUCCACAGGCUGAACUAAUUGACCCUGCCUUGAAGGGAACACUCAAUGUUCUCAGAUCAUGUGUUAAGGUUCCGUCUAUUAAGAGGGUGGUCAUAACUUCCUCUAUGGCAGCAGUUGCAUAUAAUGGAAAUCCUGUCGCUCCUGAUGUAAUAAUUGAUGAGUCCUGGUUUUCAGAUCCAGCUUUCUGUGAAAAAUCAAAGGCUUGGUAUAUGCUUUCAAAGACAUUAGCUGAGGAAGCUGCUUGGAAGUUUGCAAAAGAGAAAUGCAUUGAUAUUGUUACAAUAAAUCCAGGAUAUGUGAUCGGUCCUCUCUUACAGCCAACUCUCAACACAAGUGUGGAGCCAAUUCUAAACCUCAUAAAUGGGACUGAAAAAUUUCCAAACACAACUUAUAGGUUUGUCGAUGUUAGAGAUGUUGCCAACGCACAUAUUCUAGCCUUGGAGAAUCCUUCAGCUAGUGGACGUUAUUGUUUAGUUGGAAGCGUAACACACUGUUCAGAUAUUGUGAAAAUUCUGCGUGAUAUCUUCCCUGCUCUCAGUCUUCCAGAAAAGUCUGCAGAUGAUAAACCUUUCACACCAACUUAUCAGGUAUCCAAAGAAAGAGCCCAAAUUUUGGGUGUCAAUUAUACUCCGCUGGAAGGGACACUAAAGGAUACUGUUGAGAGUUUGAUGGACAAGAACUUCUUCUAAUUAUGUAACGUCUUAUUCGCAAGUUUGGAAACAGUUACUGCAGAUUCAUAGUGUAUGUCUACCUUUGUAUAACUUAUAGCUUGUGGUGAUGAUCUGCACAUAACUGGUGCUGCGGAUUCGAAAAAAGCUUAAAGAAAUAAGAAAGUAUAUGAAAAUAAUGUGUUGAUUAUAUUCAUUUUCC